UUUACUGUUUGAGUUAUUUCCACUUUUUGGCUAUUAUGUUGCUGUGAAUAUUCACUUACAAGUUUUGGUGAUGAUAUGUGCUUUCUGUCCUCUUGGCAUUCUACGGUUGCCAUUCAGCUUCUCCCAGUGCAGCCACAAAGUAAACAGCUCAUGACUUCUGAUCAGGACACUAAGGUCGUGGCUGAACCGCAGGGCCAGCGAGUCCAGGAAGGGAAAGACAGCACUCAUCUGAUGAAUGGUCCCAUAUCUCAAACCACUUCUCAGACAAGCUCCAUCCCAGCUUUGAGUCAGGUACCGACAGCCAAGGUUUCGGAGCUAAACCCUAAUGCUAAAGUGUGGGGGACUCCUGUGCUGCAUUUGGAAGAGGGUAGUGCAGCGGAUGGUGGUGUGAGUGCAGACUGGGAGGAGCCGUCGGGCCCUUGCACAGACUGCGGCCAGGAGGGAUUGGAUGCCAAUGACGAUGAUGACAAAAGUCAUGAGAAUGUGGCACUAUCAGAUUUGCAGGAGUCAAACCAAACCGCUGGGAGCACUUUGGCUCUGGAUCGCUCAGAACAUGAAUCUUCACCUGAAAAUAGUGAGACUGGAGGUAAUGAGUCUCAGCCGGAAAGCCAGGAGGACCCCCGAGAAAUACUUAAAAAGACAUUGGAAUUCUGCUUAUCUAGGGAGAACCUUGCUAGUGACAUGUACCUUAUAUCGCAGAUGGACAGUGAUCAGUAUGUGCCAAUCACCACGGUAGCUAACCUGGAGCACGUCAAGAAGCUCAGUACUGACAUGAACUUGAUCGUGGAAGUGCUGAGGUCUUUACCUUUAGUCCAAGUGGAUGAGAAGGGAGAAAAAGUAAGGCCAAAUCAGAGUCGUUGCAUUGUGAUCCUGCGUGAAAUACCUGAGUCCACUCCUGUAGAAGAAGUAGAAGCAUUAUUUAAAGGAGACAAUUUACCGAAAUUUAUAAACUGUGAAUUUGCCUAUAAUGAUAAUUGGUUUAUUACAUUUGAAACCGAAGCUGAUGCACAGCAGGCUUACAAGUAUCUGCGAGAAGAAGUGAAAACUUUUCAAGGAAAACCAAUUAAGGCACGGAUAAAAGCAAAGGCAAUAGCUAUAAACACAUUUUUGCCAAAGAACGGAUUUAGACCUCUGGACAUGAGCCUUUAUGCGCAGCAGCGCUACACAGCCUCCUUUUACUUACCUCCCGUCUACAGCCCCCAGCAGCAGCUCCCCCUAUACAGCCUGAUCGCCCCCCAGACGUGGUCGGCAACACACAGCUAUCUCGAUCCGCCCCUGGUAACUCCGUUUCCAAAUACUGGAUUUAUAAAUGGGUUUACGUCUCCAACCUUCAAACCUGCAGCAUCUCCUCUGACUUCGCUCAGACAGUACCCUCCAAGAAGCAGGAAUCCUAGUAAAUCUCAUCUACGCCACACCAUUCCCAGUGCAGAGAGAGGAGCUGGGCUAUUAGAAAGCCCUUCAAUAUUUAACUUCACUGCAGACCGGCUAAUUAAUGGUGUUCGAAGCCCACAAACACGGCAGACAGGUCAGCCUAGAACACGGAUACAGAAUCCUCCAACCUACACCAAGAGGGAGGUUGGGUCUGGUCGAGUGGAGCAGAGCAGUGCGGAGUCGCCUCCUGGCUUAGGGAGAGGGAGGAAGAAUUCCUUUGGCUACCGGAAGAAACGGGAGGAGAAGCUGACAAGGAGUCAAACUCAGUCUCCAACACCACCAAAGCCCCCGUCCCCGAGCUUCGAAUUAGGACUGUCCAACUUCCCUCCGUUGCCUGGGGCAGCAGGCCACCUGAAGACAGAGGACCUCUUUGAAAACAGGCUGUCUAGCUUGUUAAUAGGGUCCUCAAAAGAAAGGAGCCUAAACACGGAUGCAAGCACGAACACGCUCCCCGCGGUGAGCCCCAGAGAGCCCUUGGUGCCAGCUCCCAGUGCUGUGUCCACAGCCUUUGGGCGCUCUCCCUCCCCGGCCUGUCUGCCCGAGGAUCCCAAGGUGGUGGAGAAGCAGAGAGAAGCCUCGAGUGUGGACAGACUUCCUUCUGCCCUAACUACAACGGCGAGUAAAUCAGUGCAGGUGAACGGCGCUGCCACGGAAUUGCGAAAACCCAGCUAUGCGGAGAUUUGUCAGAGGACGAGUAGAGAGCCUCCGUCUUCCCCGUUGCAGCCCCCAAAAGAACAAAAGCCCAACGCCGUUGGUUGUGGGAAGGAAGAAAAGAAGCUCGCCGAGAGAGAGCCCCCUGCCCCCAAGUCGAACCCGGGACCACCCAAAGACCAGAGGAGGCCGCCAGGCCGCCGACCCUCGCCCCCGGCCACCGGGAAGCGUCCACACAGAGAACAGAGCACCCCUCCCAAGUCCCCUCAGUGAGCGCCGAGGUCUGGGAGGGCUGUGAGGAGCUGGGAUCGCCACAACUAAGCACUGUCCCACUCGGGGCCAAGAAUGAGCCGCUGGUUAGGGGCUUGCAGCGUAGACAAGGCCGGUGAGGUGCCUGCAAGUGGUUUUUCUUCCAUGAGUCGGAUUUUCCCCCCUCUUGAAAAAAAAUCUAUUUUUCAGGAUUUAAUUAAUAUAAACCUUAUUUUAGGUUGGUGCUUAACUGGAGGUGAUGCAUAAGUCUGAUUUUUUUCAGGAUAGAAAAUGCAUUUAUCCUAACAAAUUGAUAUUUUUAUUAAGCCUCCAUGUGGCUAUGAAUGCAAGCUAUAUAUAGUGAGUUUUUCUAAAUUAAGCGGAACUAUGCUACUUCAUUUUUUAAAAUAACUGGUUAGCAAGUGCAUUCCUUUGAGAUGUCCAGACCGAUGGGUGGGCUGAAGACCGCUGGGAUCGAGGUCCAGGCGACUCGGUCAGUGUGGCCUGGAGAAGAGAGGGGUCAGGUCACGCCCUCACUGGCUUGGGAGUUGUACUUCAUUCAGAAUCUUAGCAAGUGACGCUAGUGGUUUUGUUUUUGUUUUUGUUUUUUAAAAAAAUACAGCCCGUUUUUGACCUACUGGGCGAGAUGCACCCCAGAGAGCCCUGAAACCUUGAGUUUUGAUGUGCUGCAAGCAAGUAACCAGCCUCUCACUCCUGUCUCAAGUGGUUGUUGUGUAAGACAGAGUCAAAGCACAUUGUGAAUAGAACUUAAAUGAAAACAUAAACCUGGUUGCCCACUCACGUGUCCCCACAAAAAUGUACCCUGAUGUUGUCUUGCUCCCGAGAGCUGGCGGGAGGGCGUGGGAGCCCCUGUGGCCCCCGUGGCUCCCCCGCAUUAGCCGCUGCGUGGGCGCCUUCCCGUGGCUCCGCAUCGGCCCACAGUGGAAGCGUUGCUUAAAUCGUGAGGGAGUGGAGUCUGCGGGGGGCUCGGUGGUGAGGCUGACAGUCCCUCCCAGACGAGGGUCUCACUGAUCCCCUUCCGGAAGUGCUGCACUCCGAAGAACGCGCAUGCACUAACGCUAGUGGUUCAUAAUAAAGUUAAAUAUAAAUUAUUUUGUUUUAAAAUGCCUAAAUUUUUUCUUGAAGUAUUCUAAGCAGCAGACAUUAAAACAUUUCCUGCUAAAUGUAACCAGUUUAUUCCACAAAAGGUUAUUUAACAAGACUGAGGGUUCUUUUUAAAAACAUUAUUUCCAUCCAAUAUUUAAAGACUUGAAUUUUAUUUAAACUUGAAAAUGACUUUGCCUUAACUUUUGUAUAAGACAGCUUAGAGUUGGUGGAGACUGGCCCCUGGGUUGGCACGAGGGGUACAGAGCUGCUCAGCCUGGUGGGGCUGCCGCUGCAGGUGUCCCCAAGCGAGCGUUCUGUAACACAGGGCCUGGCAGUGGUGUCUGCAAUACACCCUGAAGAUCUUCAACAGUUGACCUUCUUCAGAUUGUUCAGAAAUCCUGUAAAUGCAAAUAGUCGAUACUGUAUUAAAUAUGUGCACUUGGGAGUGUGUGCUUCGCUUGUACAGUUGUAAAUAAUCAGAACAUAUUAAAAAGGUACCCUAAAGAGAAAAAUCUGAUAAAAAUUAUUGAUAUAUUAUAAAUGUUGCUAUUGAGCUGGAUGUAGAUAAACUAAAUGUUGUGGUUUGAAUAUUA